AUGGAAGAGGAGGAUACGGGUGGUACGGAACGGCAGCUCAUCGAGGAUGAGCUAGCCAGGAAACAGGCUGAACUCGAAGAGUUGGAGCAGAUGCGGCGAGAGGCUGGUUUUACACCACGUUCCUCGCUGCGUCGCACCCCCCCGCAAGGGUUCAGCACACCCCCGGUCCCAUAUAGCAUCCCCGCUGCAGCAUCCACCUCUAUGGCUAAAAGGCCGUUAACCUCACCUGAGGACGUGCAGGAGACCGUCAGGCGCCGCGUUGCGGAGAAAAGGUCUGCUAUUCCGCCUGUUAGUGGCAUAUUGAGCAGACCCAUCUCUGACCCGUCCUCAGGAUCUGAUAAUCCCACGCCGUCCACUAGUACUGACAGCUCCAGUGGCAUUUCAACGCUGGACAAGGUUGCGUUAAUGGAGAAGGUACAUGCGGCCCUAAAAGGAAUCGCGACUGUCGCCAAUGCGAGCAACAAGCUCAACUUGGCUGAUAAAACCACUAUCGGCAGCCUUAGCCAGGACAUUCUAGCGUACGUGGCAACGUUAGAGAUUAGGCUCGGAGAAAAGGAGCAAGAAGUGACUGCCUGCAAACUUAAGUGUGCGCAACUGGAACUGUCAGUAGCCCAAACCCAAACCCUUUCUGCCCCUCCUUUCCCCUAUGCGGCCUCUUCCGUUCCCUCUGCUGACAGCUAUGCUGCCAGGUUGAAGCUGCCUAAGGGUAAGCCGCCACUUUGUGUCCAGUCCAAGGGCCCGGCAGUCAUUGUUUACCCAAACAAUGAUUCCAUAAAGUCGUCGGACGAUACAAAGACUGAGUUGCAGAAGGCAGUUCAGCCUGGCACCCAGGGAAUCAAAAUACACAGUGUGCGAAAAGUAGGGAACUCCGGCAUUGUGGUACAGACGGCAACUAUUGAGGCUGCCCAGAAAUUGAAGGCAGCGGUUCCGCCUUCCUUGAAGGUCUCUGAUCCCAAAAGUAGGCGGCCACUGGUGGCAGUGCGCAAUUUGCGUUCGGACCCGCCAGCCACUGAAUUUAUUGAGGAUUUGUACAGGAUCAAUCUGAGUGAUGAUCCUGACUGGCCUAGAGAUAAGUUUGGCGAAUCAUGCAGAGUUGCCUUCAAGAAGGGCCGGAAAGAUGUACCUCGCACCACAGUAGUGAUGGAGUGCACAUCUGCGCUGCGGGACAAAUUGGUCGGCCUCGGCAGCGUCUUCAUUGGUUGGGACGAAGCUGAAGUCUGCGACUAUGUACGGGUGACAUGCUGCACUAAAUGUCAGCAGUAUGGCCAUCCGGAGAAGCAUUGCAGGGCGGCAGCGAUGGUCUGCGGCAAAUGUGGCGAGACCGGUCAUCGUGCCGCAGAGUGCCAGUCGGCUACACAGUGCUGCGCCACAUGCAAGCGCUUCAAGCGGAAAGAUGCUGACCAACAUGCCACUGCCGCUCUUAACUGUCCUGCACGUUUGCACGCGGAACAGCAGUCGGUCAAUAUGACCCAAUAUGGAUAG